UCUAAUAAUAUUUAUUUCAAUUCGUGCUAACAUUCAUGUUGAUAUAAGAACAAGUUUAAACUAAAAUAUAUGGAAUAUUUAUUAUUACAAUUAUAUAUGAUUAACCAAGUACAUUAGGAAACACAUGUGGAUAUAAAAUUGCACGGUGCCGUUGUUUAUCAUGAGUAUGAUAAGAUCAUUGUCGGCUAUAGAACAAAGUGCAAGCAGGCGACAUGCACUUCAGAUGCCACAACUUCCCGAUCCCGGGAAGGCUGACAGUCAAUUUGCUAGUAAUGAAAAAUUGGAUUUCUCUAUCAGACUCGGCUCAACACUUGCUCGUGGUCAUGAUCUUGGAAAUGAAAGAAUCAGGAGUGGAAUGCUGUCAACACUGGAUGAAUUGUCCAUAACAAAUGUAUCAGAACAUCCAGCAGAGUCUGAACAAAUCAUGAUCCCUUCCAAAAGUAAUUUGAGUCGACGGAACUCACGGCGGGGUAGUGUGGCCGUCAAACAGCUGAAGGUUAACCUUUCCAAAGAGACGGCAUUGAUGAAAAUGAAAAGAGUAUUUAAGAUGGUCAGAAUCAUAUCAGGUGUAUGUCUAGCACUAAAAAGGUACGUGAAGCAGUGUGAGACAAAGACUUGGUCAUUUAUGGAGAUGUACCUUCAUGUCAAGGAAGAUCUAAACCAACUUGUAGCAUUUAAUCCACAAAGUUAUGCACGAGUAGAACCGGAAAGGUUAAAACUGAAGAAACUGUUACUGAUAGAUCCACCAAGAAGGACAGCCGAUAAUGUUAAAGUGAUAUUAGCAUUGAUGAGGGACAACAAAUCAUUCCAGGAUUAUCCUUUCCAUAUUCAGUUUGAACUGGCACGGUGCAUGACAUAUCAAAGUUACGAGGCUAGACGUGUUGUACUGAAGAUGGGACAUAGACCAGAGGCAUUCUACAUUGUUCUUUCAGGCUUUGUGAUGGCAAAUGUGGAAGAUAUUUGUCCAACGAGCGGGAAGAAAUUUGUGAAAACUGUAAAAGAAAUGGGACCCGGAGAUACAUUUGGUGAACUGGCAUUAAUAGAAGGAAGUAGGCGUACAGCAACAAUAGUGUGUAAAUCGUCUGUGGAACUACUAGUUAUUUUAAAAGAUGACUUCGAUAACAUCAUAAGAAAUCCUUUAGUGAAACAAAUCGAUGAGCACGUUGCUUUUUGCAAAACAAUGCCGUUGUUUCAAGACUUUCCAUGUGACAACCUGGCGGAUAACCCAGCACAGUUUUUCUAUCAUUUCUUCAAAAAGGGUGAUAUUGUUGUGAAGGACAGUAGAGAAUCAAAGUAUAUUAUUGCUGUAAAAGCUGGAAAGUGUAAAGUUAUAAGUAGAUACAGUGUGAAAAGCAAAUGCGGAAGGAACAGAAGGAUGACACCGAGCCAGAAAGACAUGAAUGCCUCAUUCCCGCAGUAUGAAGAUAUGAAGAAAAUAAUGACACUGCACCGGAAACCUAAAACGGAGGCUGAAAGACUGAAGGAAAGUAUCUGCCUUGGCCUCCUAACCGGUCAGAUAGAUAAGACACGAUUGGCUGACCUCGGUCCAGACGUGCAGAGACCAAAAUCGUCAAUGACUGUAGCCGAUGUUGAGAAGAAAUUGAGACCUCCACCACUAGAGAAAAGCAAGACUCUGAGUGAUUUCUUCGAUUCCGUUACCAAGACAAGAAAAAAUGAAAUAGAAACAGAUGAAGAAUUGUUGUCUGUUGUACACGGAAAAUUUUGGGGCACAAGAUUGCAGCAUAUUCGAAAAGUGAAAUCUGCAUCAAGACAAGGACAACGAAGACUGUUGUCUGCGAAAUCAACAUCAUCGAGAUCGUCUACAAAUCCUUUUUAUUCCGUAGAAAAACAUACCUACGCACAAAUAGCUGAGUUAGGAACUGGAACAGUGUUUGGAUUGGAGUCUCUUGUUCAGAAGCCAACAACAUGUUUUAGCCUUGUUAGUGAAGGGGCUGAGUGUAUUUUCAUCUCGAAAAGACUGUUUUUAUCAUUGGCAAACAUAAAAGUUCUUCGUGUGGUGACAGACAUGAUACAGACAUAUCCUUCUAAAGAAUUUAUUGAAGAACAAGUACAAAACUACAGAAAUUGGCAAAAGUAUAAAUCUGGACUGGUGGUAGAAGUCCUGAAUAGACGCCGUUCACCUUGAACUUGAUAACUACAGUUUCUGUAUAUUCUACAUUAGUCUUUCAAAAACUGUAUUUUGUGCGUAAUAUGAAACGAAAAAUAGUUAUAUCUCUUGAAACUAUACCCAACACAGUCAGAGCAACUUAAUAAAUCAAACAUACUUGGAAUAUGCUUAUGACAGUUAUGGAGAGAAAUAACGAAAACGUCUACCAAUAAGUACUUCAAUGCAUCUUAUAACUUUACACUACCAAGGGCAAAUUAGGCAGGAUGCAAUGUUAAACUUGAGCAAUGACUGCACGAUGGUGCAGAUUGUACCCCGAGCGGUCAAAUACCUGACAUAUUUGCGACAUUCUUCCUGUAAUAUCGUUUAAUAGUUUCCAUAAAGAUAUCUCGAAGAGUGUUCUAAAUUCUAGAAAUGGAACUGACACAGAAUGUUUGUGGUGAAAAUUUAAGUUUAGUUUUUUUUCAUAUUUAUGAUAUAUCUCUAGUGUCGAACUUCAUAUUGAGCUCUUUUAUCUCUAGUAGACUUUAUUCCCUUUCACAAUAACGGUCUUUAGCUGCUGCGUAGUUUCACCCUGAGAACAUAGGUUUUUAGAUUUAUUGUGCAAUCCGCGUGCCAUAGCGUAGCGGCUGUAAAUUGGAGUCAGUGAUGGUGUAUUUUUCUUUGGGAUCAUGGAGAACAUGCCGUUCUUCUGUAAUAGAACUCCGAUUAAGCUGGUGCCAGUGGGCGUGAGGGGUGCUGCAUGUUUCAAUAAUUUCAAACUACUAUUCAAAUAACUAUCAUGUCCCUUGGUUGUGUUGUAUAUUGCAAAAAGAUCUUUUCAUAGAUCUUAGGAGAAUAAAUCGUAUAUAUAUGUAUAUUAUCUUACUAUAGAUAGUUCCGUCCUUAUUCGAAGAAGGCAUGUUCCUUUCGGUUGAGGUCCCCGUUCAGAGAGUACAGUCAUUAUUCACAUUAUUGAUACAAUAGUUGGUUAGCUAACCUGAACCUAAGUGCAAUAUAUUCGGCAAAAUGUACAAAACAUGAAUACAGUUGCAGGAGGGGUACAAGCAAUCAACAACGAAACAUUAUAAAUAAGCGUACCAAUAUUGUCUGUGAGAUUUCAAAUUCAUAAAUUAAAUAAGUGAGUUGACUAAGAAAGUUUCACUCUUCAAUAAGUCAUGACAGCUGUUGGGAUUAAAGUUAGGACUAACCAUUUUAUGUUAUGUUCGCAAUUAAACCAUUGCAAGACUUGCUGAAAAAAAAGAUUGUGUUAAGAUAUGUAAUACUACUUGUAAGUAGAUGCCAGAAAAAUAAAACCUUUUAAUCAUGUAGUGCCCCUGUCCUUAUACACGGGGUCUUUGUGGACAAGUGGUUAAACUCGACUUCGAAUUGAUUGUUCCUUACAACUGUGAGUUCCAAUCUCGCCGAUUUCUCGCGAAACAUAUCAAGAUGUCUCCACGUCUUCGUGUACUUGAUGAUUAGCAAGAAGAAUAUUGAUUUUCUGCAGUAUUUCAAACGCGUUGCAACGGUUUUACUCCUUCUUCACAAUAGUUUGAUCAUUUAUCAGGACAAAGUGCAAAAGUUAAGUGUAAAUAAGUUUGUGCAUCUGGUAAUUCCUCAGAAGCCACAUUUCAAGAUUGUUUGAUUUCUGCAGAGUGUGCACGCAGAUAUUCAGAUAGAUGUCUAUCAUAUUGUCACUGCAUCAAAAAAAUUAACCAAAUUAUCUGUUGUUGGCAUUUUAUGUUUACAUGUCUAUAACAACAAUAAAUAUAGUUAUAAUUCUUCCAUUUUAAAUGUGUUUCAAUAUGUAAGGGUGUGCAUUAGAGCGAAUUCAUGUAUAAUCAAACAUAAAUUAUGUAUGUACUUUUAAAUUUUGAGACGACUACUUUUGCCAGCGAUAUAAAGAGUUAAAGGUUAAUAAAACAGUUGAUUGCAAAAAGUACGAAUUGCAACUUUGUUUUGUCAUAUUGAAUAUUACAUACAUUACACAUUUCAAACUUUGAUCGCGCUGAUCUUAUAAGGGUCUUUGUGAUGGGUGAAUGUCCUUUUAUUCAAAAGCAUACUUCAGUGACUAGAAGGUAUCUAUUAUCUCCUGCAAACCGUGCAUAUUUAAACUCCAGGCAUAAAAACAGGCGGUCGAUUUACAACAGUUAAAAUGCACUGAAUUCCACAAGGUAAUAUGUGUUAGAAAAACUACUACUGGAAAGAAAACAAUUUCUGCUACUCAUAUAAUUUUAUAUGCGUAUGGGAAAAUAUCUAGAAAUAGGGCAGAUGAAAGAAAACAAUUAUUUUAAGAUUGUUAGAUGCAUGACUGUAUUUUAUGAGUAGCUUGUAACACAGAUAGAUUACUUUUCCAUUUCACUUGUAUAACACGGACAUGGUUAGGAUUGACAAACUAUGUUCACUCAGUAAUUUCGCUCCACAAGAAGAUUUUUUACUAUGUGUAAAGAUAUUGUUCUUGUUUAUUUUUAUGUGUUUAAUGUCGCACCGACACAAAUUGGGUCAAAUUGCGACUUUCCAGAAUUGAUGGUAGAGGAAGACCAAAGGUGUUCCUCUGUGCAUUAUUUCAUCACUAGUGUGUACUUUGGAAGAAUCUCAGACCUUACGUAUGCCAGCUGGAUGACAUCCUCCCGCGGAAAUUUCAACGUCCCGAACGAGGCUUGAGCACCCAUCGAUGCGGGGCAAGUGAUUUAAAGUCAGCGACGUAAACCACUCGGCCACGGUGACAUCCCCCAACACCCCACAAACCCUAAAUCCUUAAGAGGAUUUAUGGAACGUCUUUACAUGUAAAGACUACAUGUUCUUGUAUACUAUUCAGUCUAAUGUCUUGUUGAAAGUCUG